AAUGAAAACAUGGAUUAUUUUUAAUUGGAUGAGAGAUUCACAACGAGAAACCAGAAUUGCUGGAUGGGGCCAGGGUGGUGAGUGGCAUCUGGAACUCUGGAAAGUCAUCCGUCAAGGACAACCAUGCCCAACACCAGCAUACAGAGUGGCCAGGAUUGAGUCAAUGAUGCUUGAGUUCUCAGUGAGCCAGAAGGAUGGAUGGCUGGGCAGAGGGGCUGGAGCCUCUGAGUUCCCAGAAGUCUCCAUCUUACCUUCCAGAAUGGCUGCCCCUGGACAAAGAUCUUUCGUUUGAGUUCUUCCCACCAAGCAGUGGUUCCCAAACCUGGCUGCCCCCUAGAAUGACCAGCUUUUUAUAAAGACGAUUCUAGGAAGCCCUGCUGGCAAUUGAGUCGCUUGGCCUGGAACGGGGCCCAGAAGUCUAGAUUUUGAACAAGCUUUCUUGCCGCCAGGACAGGAAAGUGUUUGGGAUCUCAAGGGACCCUGUCCAUCCCUCCCCAGCUGCUCUCUCCACUCUGCACUGGGUGAAUCUGUUAACACUGCUGCUCCCUCCCCAGAAUGUGGUCCCCCCAAAGGGCAGGGACUCAGGCGGCUUUGGGUACCAGGGACACAGCACAGUGCCUGGCGUGGAAUGAGAAGGCACUAAACAUUUGUGGAAGGAAGGCUGGACAGACAGGCAGGCAAGCUGCCUUUUCCCAUGUGGGCUUUUCUGGGAAAGAAAAGCUUCUAUUUCUGGAAGGAGCUGCUGUGACUGAGACAAGAUCAUUGCAGCAAAGGAAGAAAGGCCAGUGGGGGAGGGAAAGGCUCAUGAUCCCCCAGACCACAUUUUCUUUUAAAAGACUCCUCCAUAACUUUAAUAACAAAGUCACAACAACGGGACUGAAGUGUGACUAUUUGCCCGGGUUAGCAUCAUAUCCCCAUUUUACAGAUGAUGAAAGGGAGGUCCAGGGAGCUGGUCUGCGAACACAGCAUUAUGAAAUGACCCAGCUGAGACUCUGCAGCCAGAGUGUGUAACCGCCACCCGACCUGCCCCUCACCUCUCACAGGUGUGGCAGCCCAGUUCUGGAGAAAACAUCCUGCCUAUUUGAGAAGUACCCAUUUCUAUCUUAGAAGCAUCCAGCAAAAAUAAGUCAAUAGCUGAGGAAAUCAGGGGAGAGCAAAAGGCCCCUCAAGAAAGAGAGCAUUGUACACCUCUCCAAACAGGCUAUUUCCUGUCUAAUUUUUAUUCCCCUGCUGUGUGCUGAAGGUCACUGGUUACGUCUGCACAAACCAGCGAAGUCACGAUAAAGGAACACUUGGCCAGGAAAAUGGACCAGAGUGGAGAGGAGGAGGGGACAGAGGAGGAGGAGGUGAGCCAAUUCAACAAGGGACGGUCCGGCCUGCUUUCCCUCCCUAAACCGGCCCAAUGACCUUCCUCGCUCACAGUGACCACUCCUCUGGGCUGGCUUCCUGCAGGCCCACAAACAGCCCAGUCUCAGGAGCCAGCCUGCGUUCCUGCCUCCAGCUUGGGCGCUGCUCGCACUUCCCAGGAAGGAAAGCUCUCUUGAAAGGGCUGGAAAGGUGCCUGACUCCCGCCAUGUUGGCGCUGCUGUGUGCCUUCCUGCUCCUGGCGGCCGGCGCCUCGGACCCUCGGGCGGAGCCCAGCUCUAAUACGACGGAGCAGAUCCGCGACAUGCACGCCAAAGUGACGGAGAUCUGGCAGGAGCUGCUGCAGCGGCGGCAGGGGGGCAGCGGCCGGGAUGCUGCGCUCCACGCUGCCUGCCACGUGCAGCCGUCGGCCACGCUGGACGCCGCGCAGCCCCGAGUGACCGGCCUCGUGGUCUUCCGGCAGCUCGUGCCCGGCGCCAAGCUGGAGGCCUUCUUUGACCUGGAGGGCUUCCCGGCCGAGGCCAACGGCUCCAGCCGCGCCAUCCACGUGCACCAGUUCGGGGACCUGAGCCAGGGCUGCGACUCCACCGGGGCGCACUACAACCCGCUGGCCGUGCCGCACCCGCUGCACCCGGGCGACUUCGGCAACUUCGCCGUGCGCGACGGCCACCUCUGGAAGUACCGCGGCAACCUCGCCGCCUCGCUCAGCGGCCCGCACUCGAUCGUGGGCCGCGCCGUGGUGGUCCACGCGGGCGAGGACGACCUGGGCCGCGGCGGCAACCAGGCCAGCGUGGAGAACGGCAACGCGGGCCGCCGGCUCGCUUGCUGCGUGGUGGGCGUGUGCGGGCCCGCGCCCUGGGCGCGCCAGGCGCAGCAGCACGCCGAGCGCAAGAAGCGGAGGCGCGAGAGCGACUGCAAGGCCGCUUGAGCGCGUCCCCCGCCCCCCGGCGGGCGCCCGAGACCCCCUCCACUCUCUGACACCCCCCCCCAUGAGCCUUGAGACCCCUCUGUGCGUCCCGAGACCCUCUCCACGCCCCGACACCGAUCCAUGCGCCUCAGACCCCCUCCACGCCCUGACACCCAUCCAUGCACCUCAAACCCUCUCCACCCCCUGACAGCCCUCCGUGCGCUUCAGCCCUCCUUGCACCACAGACUCCCUCCAUACCCUCACACCCCUCCAUGUGUCCUGAGGCCCCAUCCAUGCUCCCCGAGACUCUCCCCACUUGAGUGUCUCCCUCUGCUCCUAGGCACACCUUCCAACCUGAGGUCCCCCCUCUGCCAUGGCUGAGGGCUCCCUGAAAAUCCCUCCAUCAUGAGAUCUCCAACCAUGUAUGCUCCACCCCUCUCUAUCCUGAGGGCAGCCUCUGCCUUCUUAGCCCUCCACCCCGAGUUCUGAGGACCCCCAGAGAUACUGAAAUGCCCCCAUCUACCCUGAGGGCUUCCCAGACUCCCCGAGAUCCUUUUCCAUCCUGACAGCCCCACUCCCACCCCAUGAGCCCUGAGAUCCCUCUAUGCCCUAAGGACCCAACUCCCCCGACCCCUUAGGCUCCUCCUAGGUUCUGAGACCCCUCCUGAGGUUGCCUUGCAUCCCCCCUCAGUCCCCAACCAUCACCUCCACACUCCACCAUCAUGUGCAGCCUGCAGUUGGGCGCCCCUGCCUGGCAUCUUCAGCGGUUUCCCGGCCACUGUCGCCCUGCAGAGAGCUGUUCCUUUGGGGGCUGUAUGACAAUCUUCAUGUUGCUCAUUAAAAACUCAGCAAUUCAGUACUGCAUCA